CCAUUUCUACAUACUAUUAAAGGAAACAGAGAAGAUAUCAGGAAGAUGAUGAUGAUGGAUUCUUUGGGCCUGCUCUCCCUCCUGGAUUUAAAAAACAAGAUGAAUCUCCAGAAAGGCCUAUUAUUGGUCCUGCUUUACCACCUGGCUUUAAGAAAAACUUCGGGAGCUGCUGAAGAAAAACAGAGUAACAUAACUCAGAUUACAGAUAAUGAAGAGGAAGAAGCUGUGAUUGGCCCAAUGCCUGCCAAAGAACCAGUAAAAUCAAGUACAGUGGCAGAAAUUGAGUAUAGAGCUCAGAGAAUGAAAGAAAAACUUCUUGGUCAAGAUGAUGAUGGGCCCAAACAGGUUGAAAGAGAAUCUUGGAUGACAGAUCUCCCACCAGAACUCAAAAGCUUUGGACUUGGUCCACGUACAUUCAAAAGAAGAACUGAUGAAAAAUUGGGAGAUAGAUCAGUUUGGACUGAUACUCCAGCUGAUAGAGAGAAGAAAGCUAACGAACUGAAAGAUGUCAAAAAGUCUGUCAGUAAGGAUGAUGCAGAAAUUUUCGUGUCAGAAAGAGACAAAAAACUGGUUGAGCAAUUAUCCUCAUACAAUGAGUCUGAGAGAUCUGAAUCCCUUAUGGAGAUGCAUCAGAAAAAACUAAAAAGCAAAGCCACUGAAGAAAAGAAUAAACCCAAAGAGAGAAGGCCAUUCGACCGUGAUCAGGAUCUCCAAGUUCAUCGGUUUGAUGAAGCACAAAAGAAAGCUCUCAUAAAACGAUCUAGAGACUUGAACACUAGAUUUUCCCAUGGCAAAUGCAAUAUGUUUCUGUAAUAUAAAUGUGAGAUGAUAAUAAAGUAUAGCAGGGUAUACUGUUGAUCGUCAAGUACUAUUAUGUAAUUAAAAUAUUCUCUGUAUAUACAACACAUUUAUGUCAAGUACAUGUCAUUUAUGACAGAAAUUCACAACCUUCUUAGAAUCCCUUAGAUUAGGUAGUCUAUUCAGUUUUAGUAAAGUAAUAGAAAUCUGCAGUCAGAUAAAAGAUAUAUGGUGAAUUCUCUCAGAGCUUUACUAAAGUUAGUAGCCAUAUUAAAAAGAGCAAUCAAGUUUAAAAACAUUCAUAGGAAUUCACCUAAAUGUAUUUUGAGGAAAUAAAUUUCUCUAGCUCAGAUUCCCAUUUUGGUUACAGAGUAAUUCACAUUCAAAAGUGAAAAGCUGAUGUGUACAUACUCUAGAAUUCAAAGACUGGGCUUGAGAAAUUAGAGGGAUGGACUAAAUGGAAAUUGCAGAUAACUGGACAUCCAGUUUUAAUUGUGAGAGAACAGAAGGUUUUAAUUGUUACCUGUUUAUGUGUUUAAAAGGAUAGUGAGUGUAUUGUUUCAACUUUAAAGCAUACCAUGUUCUUAAACGAUGGCUAGGCAGAAUGCAGCCCUGAGGCCAUGUGCUGUUUUGGCAACUCUUCUCUGCUCCACUCAAUGUCCCCAUUUUUAGCUAAAGGGCAAUGGCUGAACUGCCUUUCCUGAAAGCCUCCAGAAACUGAUUCAUCAUUUUAUUAAGCUGCAGGUCUCCCUUGCACCAUUUGACAUUUAAAAAAUGUUUUCAAAACCAGAUGUGGACUUUGGGAUGUAUCUGGUUUUGGUUUUUUCCAUUGGAGGGGCAUAUUUGGCAAUCUUUGCAACUCUUCCAAGGUUCCAGGGGCAGAAUAGUGCCCCCAAGACUUACCUAAAUUACCCUAAUUUUACAUCACUUGUCUUAGCAUGAAUACGAUUAUGAACAAGAGACAUAGAGCCAUUAAUCUGAUUGAUUUGAAUAAAUGAGAUAAAUAUUUAUCUCAUGAUUUGAAUGUUAAUAAGAAAGGUUUGCAGUCAAGGGUGUGCUGCAGGUUUUCCUCCAGCUUCCAGUUAUAGUGCUUGUACUUCUUAAAUGGUGUGUGGAGAAGAAUGGAUUUCCAAAUAUAGCUUUCUCUUCCCAAACUUCUCCCUCUAAGAAUCACUGUUCCAAUGCCUGGAUUUUAUAUUACAGCCUAAUAGGGAGGAGGGUACCAUGAAGCUGAAUUUCUGUCUAUACAGUUGUCUUAAAGAUGCAAAAGACAAACUUAUUCAUACUAAGGCAGUGUGUUUGCUUAAGACAAUGAAAAUAGUCUCAUCAAUCUCAGAGCAAGGUCACUUGACAACUGCAUCUAUCUGACAGCUGUCAUUGUUUGUUAACAAGGAAUGGAAGGCAAAGGGAUUACAUGAUCACCAUAACAGUUUGAAUGAUGUGCCCCCGGUGCCUUACAACUUUGUAUAAGGCACUCCCACACUACUCGCAAUAUAGCAGGCUACCAGGCUGGAGGAUGUUGGAGAGGCCUUCCUCUCUAAAACCACAUAAAUAUUUCUGAAUAUCCAUUAAACUAUUAGUAAAACAGUACUUGUCUGUGGUGUAUGUAAUGUGUAAAUAAAAGAGUGGUAGAUUUCAAA